CCGGGCUUCCUGACUAGAGAAGUCACUUCCGGUGUGUGUGGGUCUGUUGUGGUUAAGUUCAGCUGAAGCUGAGAACGCUCCAGUUGGCUCGAGGGCUCGGAGGGUGGCGGCGGCAGCAGCGUAUGAGGGGAGGUGAGUGGACCCCCGUACUGAGGGAGCUGCUGCUGACUGUCCGAGCCGGAUUAACCCCUUGCUGCCUGGUCAGCCCCAGCCUCAGAGCUGCCUCAUUCCGGAGCAGGGGACUGGGCGAGAAACGAGGGGAGCUCCUGGGGGAUCCCACCUCCCAAAGCCACCCUUGUCCCCACCGCCUCAGAGUGAAGCCAUGAAGGUAGUAAAUCUCAAGCAGGCCAUCCUGCAGGCCUGGAAGGAGCGGUGGAGCGACUAUCAGUGGGCCAUCAACAUGAAGAAGUUCUUCCCCAAAGGAGCCACCUGGGACAUCCUCAAUCUUGCAGAAGCCCUACUGGAGCAGGCCAUGAUCGGACCGUCUCCCAACCCUCUCAUUCUGUCGUACCUGAAGUACGCCAUCAGUUCCCAGAUGGUGUCUUACUCAACGGUACUCACAGCCAUCAGCAAGUUUGAUGAUUUUUCCCGGGAUCUCUGUAUCCAGGCCCUACUGGAUAUCAUGGACAUGUUUUGUGAUCGACUAAGUUGUCAUGGUAAGGCAGAGGAGUGCAUCGGUCUGUGUCGUGCACUCCUAAGUGCUCUUCAUUGGCUGCUUCGAUGCACAAUAGCCUCAGCAGAACGACUUCGGGAGGGGACCACAGCAGGGGAGAAACAACUCACCAUGUGUCUUCAACGACUUCAUAAGAUCCUCAGCAGCACCAAGAAUCGAGCCCUGCUGCAUAUUGCCAAACUGGAGGAAGCCUCUUCCUGGACAGCCAUUGAGCAGUCACUUUUAAAACUUGGGGACACCUUUGCCAGCCUGAACAAUUCCCAUCUCCAGAGUCAAGCAGAAGAGUGUGGAGCACUUGUAAGAAGCAUUCCCAUCAUGCUAUCUAUGCACUCAGAGCAGCUGCACAAGACUGGGUUUCCCACAGUGCAUGCUGUGGUCCUCUUGGAAGGCACCAUGAACCUGACAGGAGAGAUGCAGCCAUUGGUUGAACAGUUGAUGAUGGUGAAGAGGAUGCAGCGUAUUCCGUCCCCGCUCUUUAUCCUGGAGAUCUGGAAGGCUUGUUUUGUAGGUCUCAUUGAAUCUCCUGAAGGCACUGAAGAGCUCAAGUGGACAGCCUUCACUUUCCUCAAGAUUCCUCAGGUUUUGGUGAAAUUGAAAAAAUACCCUCAAGGGGACAAGGACUUCACUGAAGAUGUCAACUGUGCUUUUGAGUUCCUGCUGAAGCUCACACCCUUGCUAGACAGGGCUGAUCAGCGGUGCAACUGUGACUGUAUCAACCUGCUACUCCAGGAGUGUAGUAAACAAGGCCUACUCUCAGAAAUGAACAAAGACAGUCUGACGGAGAAGCGGAUAGCUGAUCGAGAACAGUCUCCUUGGUUGAAAUCAGCUGAAAAUGCCAAUAUCCAACCCAAUCCAGGGCUGAUUCUUCGAGCAGAGCCUACGGUCACCAACAUUCUCAAGACAAUGGAUGCAGAUCAUUCCAAGUCCCCAGAAGGGCUGUUGGGGGUUCUUGGCCACAUGCUUUCUGGGAAGAGCCUGGAUUUGCUCUUAGCUGCUGCUGCUGCCACUGGAAAACUCAAGUCUUUUGCCCGAAAAUUCAUUAGCUUGAAUGAGUUCACAAAGCACAUCAAUGGUGAAAACUCCAAAGCAGCCUCGGUGCGUGCGCUUCUCUUUGACAUCUCCUUCCUCAUGCUGUGCCAUGUGGCCCAGACCUAUGGAUCUGAGGUCAUUCUGUCAGAGUCAAGCACUGUGGGUGAAGUGCCCUUCUUUGAGACCUGGAUGCAGAUGUGUAUGCCCGAGGAGGGCAAGAUCCUGAAUCCUGACCACCCCUGCUUCCGGCCUGACUCCACCAAGGUGGAAUCCUUAGUUGCCUUGCUCAACAACACCUCUGAAACGAAGCUAGUGCAGAUUUUGAAGUGGCACGAGGCUUGUCUCAGCAUCUCAGCUGCCAUCUUGGAGAUUCUGAAUGCCUGGGAGAAUGGAGUCCUGGCUUUUGAGUCCAUCCAGAAAAUCACAGACAACAUCAAGGGAAAGGUGUGCAGCCUGGCAGUGUGUGCUGUUGCUUGGCUUGUGGCCCAUGUCCGUAUGCUGGGCCUGGAUGAGCGGGAGAAAUCACUCCAGAUGAUUCGACAACUGGUAGGGCCUCUCUCCAGUGAGAAUACCCUACAGUUCUACAAUGAGAGGGUGGUGAUCAUGAGUUCAAUUCUGGAGCACAUGUGCGCUGAUGUUCUACAGCAGACAGCCACACAGAUUAAGUUCCCAUGUACUGGCAUGGAUACAAUGCCCUAUUGGAACCUUCUGCCCCCCAAAAGACCUAUCAAGGAGGUUCUGACAAGCAUUUUUGCAGAGGUUCUGGAGAAGGGUUGGGUGGAUAGCCGAUCCAUCCAUGUCUUUGACACCCUGCUGCAUAUGGGUGGUGUUUACUGGUUCUGCAACAACUUGGUCAAGGAGCUGCUGAAGGAAACUCGAAAGGAGUAUACCCUUCGAGCCGUAGAGCUGCUCUAUAGCAUCUUCUGCCUAGACAUGCAGCAAGUCACCCUGGUCCUGCUGGGUCACAUCCUUCCUGGACUUCUUACAGACUCUGCCAAGUGGCAGAGUCUCAUGGAUCCCCCAGGCACAGCCCUGGCCAAGCUGGCAGUGUGGUGUGCCCUGAGCUCCUACUCUACUCACAAGGGGCAGGCAUCUUCCCGACAGAAGAAGAGACAUCGGGAGGAUAUUGAAGACUAUAUCAGCCUCUUUCCUCUGGAUGAUACACAGCCAUCAAAGCUAAUGCGACUUCUGAGUUCCAAUGAGGAUGAUGCCAAUGUUCUCUCUAGCCCUACUGACCGGUCCAUGAACAGCUCUCUCUCAGCCUCUCAGCUGCACACAGUCAAUAUGAGAGACCCUCUGAAUCGAGUCCUCGCAAACCUGUUCCUGCUGAUCUCCUCCAUCUUGGGGGCCAGGACAGCGGGGCCUCACACCCAGUUUGUGCAGUGGUUCAUGGAGGAGUGUGUGGAUUGCCUGGAGCAGGGCAGCCGAGGCAGCAUCCUGCAGUUCAUGCCUUUCACCACAGUAUCAGAAUUGGUCAAAGUGUCAGCCAUGUCCAGCCCCAAGGUGGUUCUGGCCAUCACAGACCUUAGUCUCCCUCUGGGACGACGGGUGGCUGCCAAAGCCAUCGCUGCACUCUGAGAAAGCAUAGGUGCCGAAGUCCUUUAUUAUUAUUAUUAUUAUUAUUAUUAUUUUGGAUUAAAUUUGAGGAAUGGAAGAAACUGAGGAACAGAGAGAGCCACAGGAGAGACAGAGCAACUGAGAAAUCAAGCAGUUCUCCUAUUGUGAUGACUGAUUAUUUAUCAGGAGAAGGCCAGUGUCUCUUCUCUCAGCAUCUAUCUGUUCUCUUUGCAUUUUUUUCUAUCCCUGGUUUCCUUUCCAUUCCUCUCCUUAACAAAAAUUUGCAUUUCUACUUCUAAUGGCUGCCUUGGGCAUUGGUGUUUCAGUAAGCCUCCAUUACCAGAUGAAUAAAGUCCCAUUCCUCAGGGAUGGACUGUGGCAGCUGCUCCUGUGAAUCAAUCAUCCUUGUGCCACUGCUCCUGUUUCUCCUUGAUCAGCUUUUGCUUUGAAUCAUCCAGUACCACUGUAGAAGGAUAAGGACAAUCCCUUCCAUCAGUACUGCGCUCUCACCUCCAGUCACAGAACAGAGUCAAGAGCCCUGGGUUUGAAUCUUGAUGCAAACAAUUGCUAUCUGGGGACGGAGGACCUGAAUGCCUUCCAUCCUUGCCCCUCUGCCUCUUGGAAUCCCUGGCUUCUUUCAGAGCUCAACUCAGGUGCCAACUUCUUCACAAGGCCUUUCCUGAUCACCCUGCCCCCUAGUUUGUUAUUCCUCACUCCCUUUUGAAAUCACUUUGUAUUUAUUUAUGUAUAUAUUGUAUCUCUGUUCCCCUCCAUAACUAGUAGAAUACAAAUCCCUUGAAGACUGGG